AUGUCGCACAGCGAUACCAUACCCCUUCACCCAUCUUCCCAAUCCGACAUCGACGAGAUCGAGAAUCUCAUCAAUGCCAGCGCACACCAAACAGUCCCGUCGGCAAGGCCUCCCAGUCCCCCACGCGCCUCCAUCCCCGUCUCUGUCUCCGCCGCACCUUCCCCCUUCAUUUCUUCCAACCUCCCUCCGCCGCCUUCCCUCCCCAAAUCCACCACUUCCGCCCCUCCUCCGCCGCCCCCUCCGCGCCCCGACAUCUCCGCGUCCGGGUUCGGAUCCGCCCCCAACACCCUCACUGAACCCGUAUGGGACACCGUGAAGCGCGAUCUCUCGAGAAUCGUCAGCAAUCUUAAGCUGGUCGUCUUCCCCAACCCUUUCCGCGAGGACCCCGGUAAGGCCCUCAGAGAUUGGGAUCUAUGGGGCCCUUUCUUCUUCAUCGUCUUUCUCGGCCUCACUCUCUCUUGGUCCGCCUCUGUCAAAAAGUCCGAAGUUUUUGCUGUUGCAUUUGCUUUACUUGCUGCGGGUGCUGUAAUUUUGACGUUGAAUGUACUUCUUCUGGGUGGACACAUUAUUUUCUUUCAGAGUCUGAGUCUGUUGGGUUAUUGCUUGUUCCCUCUGGAUGUCGGGGCAUUAAUUUGUAUGUUGAAGGACAAUGUCAUAGUGAAAGUGGUUGUGGUAUGUGUGACAUUGGCUUGGAGCUCUUGGGCUGCAUAUCCUUUUAUGAGUUCUGCCGUCAACCCCAGGAGAAAAGCUCUUGCUCUCUAUCCUGUUUUUCUCAUGUAUGUAUCUGUUGGUUUUCUCAUCAUUGCCAUUGACUAA